UUCUGGGAAUUGACAGGGCAUGGGAACUGAGAGCAACAAGUGCCCAGUAAGAGUCCAACUUCCUUAUUCCGUAGAAGGCUCACUGGCAGGCUCCGGGACUCUGGGCAUGUGGGUCUCGGCCUGGGCUCUGCAGCAAGUGAGCAUCCCCGGACGGACAGAGUGUGGAGUGGAGAAGCGGGUCUGCUGGGUCUCCCCGCUAACUUCUGUCCUGUCUCAUUCCUGCUCCUUUUCCCCAGCAGGAAGAUGGCUUCUGCAGCAACAGAGGAAGAGAAGGGGUCUCCUGUGGUGGUGGGGCUGCUGGUUGUAGGCAACAUCAUUAUUCUGUUGUCAGGCCUGGCCCUAUUUGCCGAGACAGUGUGGGUGACAGCUGACCAGUACCGUGUGUACCCACUGAUGGGCGUCUCAGGCAAGGAUGAUGUCUUCGCUGGCGCCUGGAUUGCCAUCUUCUGCGGCUUCUCUUUCUUCGUGGUGGCCAGCUUUGGUGUAGGAGCCGCACUCUGCCGCCUUCGGUCCAUGAUCCUCACGUACCUGUUGCUGAUGCUCAUCGUCUACAUCUUCGAGUGUGCCUCUUGCAUCACGUCCUACACCCACCGUGACUAUAUGGUGUCCAACCCGUCCCUGAUCACCAAGCAAAUGUUGACCUUCUACAGUGCAGACAGCGACCAGGGCCAGGAGCUCACCCGCCUCUGGGACCGGGUCAUGAUUGAGCAAGAAUGCUGUGGCACAUCUGGCCCCAUGGACUGGGUGAAUUACACAUCAGCCUUCCGGGCAGCCACUCCAGAGGUGGAAUUCCCCUGGCCCCCUCUGUGCUGCCGUCGGACAGGGAACUUCAUCCCUAUCAAUGAAGAAGGCUGCCGAGUGGGCCACAUGGACUACUUGUUUACCAAGGGCUGCUUCGAGCACAUCGGCCAUGCCAUUGACAGCUACACAUGGGGCAUAUCGUGGUUCGGCUUCGCCAUCUUGAUGUGGACAGUGAGAGAGGAGGCACCUGUGGGCUGUGGAGGAGGGACCUGCGGGUGUCCAGGGGUGUGGGUGUGGGCUUGGAGGAGACAAGUGGGUUUGGACUAGAUUGCUCAGUCUCAUCAUUUGCCCACCUAGCUCCCUGUGAUGCUGAUAGCCAUGUAUUUCUACACCACUCUCUGAAGAUGAAGGGGAGGCCAUGUGUUCACCUCUGCCUGAAGAUCCUGCCUCUCAGCUACACCUGGACCUCCUCAAGCUCCUCCCCACCCCAACCCCGUGUACCUCAGCCACAACUCGUCCCUGCCCACUCCCUCCAUCUUUCCUUCUUGCAAUACCAAGCCUUUUUGUACCUGCUUUUGUGUGCCUGGACCCCAGGGCCUGCUUUUGUGUGCCUGGACCCCAGGCCCUGUUUCACUUGGCAGAUCUGGUUCAUCUUCCUAGGGACAACAAAAUGUCCUGUCCUCAGAGGCCCUUCCACUGUUCCUGACAACCCAUCAUGCACUUCUCUGUGGCUUCCAGAACUUCUUGCAGGUGUAACCGUUGUUGCUCAACAGCUUGUAUAAGCUCUAAUAGACCUAGAUUGCUGAAAGAGGAGGGACACAUUCUGCUGUGGUCAUUGUGGGGUCCCCGUCAUCACCCAGCAUAUGUCUAAUAAACACUGGCUGGCUGAAUGAG